AUGUCAGCAGCAGAACCGCAACCAACGGAGGCUUCUCCAUCAUUGAAUUCAUCCAGCUUCUUUGAGGCAGCAGAAACAGAUACAGCGAAUAAAUAUGAGCCGGUUUCCCCACACUGGUUUUAUUGCAAAGAAGCCGAUUCCAGAGAAAGGUGGAUUCCCUUUAGUGGACAAGAUUCAGAGAAGUUAGAACAUUUUUACCAAUCCAGUAAAGACUGUGAGGAGCUGGUUGUUCCAACAGAAGGGGGCAGAUAUGAUGUGCAUUUGAAGAAGAGGCUCCGUUGUGCUGUCUAUUGGGAGGAAAAAGACUCUGAAGUAAGGCGGUGCACUUGGUUUUACAAAGGAGAAGACAACAAAUAUAUUCCAUACUCUGAAAGCUUCAGUGAAGAGUUGGAGGAAACAUAUAUGAUCUGUGUCACACUAGAUGAGUGGAAGAGGAAGCUAGAGUCCCCUUCUAGAGAAAUAAUAAUAUUGCAUAACCCAAAGCUGAUGGUACAUUACCAUCCCGUAGCAGUCUCCGAUGACUGGGGUGCAAGUCCCACAGAGCAAGGUCGACCAAGAACAGUAAAGAGAGGAGUGGAAAAUAUUUCUGUUGAAAUCCCUAUCGGAGAGCCUCUGCAAAUAGAUCAUUUGGUUUUUGUUGUGCAUGGAAUUGGGCCAGCCUGUGAUAUACGGUUCCGUAGCCUUAUUCAGUGUGUCGAUGACUUCCGCAGCGUUUCCUUGAGUAUGCUGCAAGCACACUUCAAGAAAGCUCAGGAGCAACAACAAAUUGGCCGAGUUGAAUUCCUUCCAGUGAACUGGCACAGUACUUUACAUACUGGUGUGGAUGUAGAGCUGGAAAGAAUCACCUUGCCAAGCAUCAACCGCCUGCGUCAUUUUAUCAAUGACACUAUCCUGGAUGUUUUCUUCUAUAAUAGCUCCACCUACUGCCAGACCAUUGUAGACACAGUUGCUUCGGAAAUGAACCGGCUCUAUCUACUAUUCUUGCAAAGGAACCCUGACUUUAAAGGGGGAGUUUCAAUAGCAGGUCACAGUUUAGGAUCACUUAUAUUGUUUGAUCUUCUCACUAAUCAAAAAUGCACUACAGAGAGAGAAGAUGAUAACAAGAGGAAGCUCCAUAGCAGUGGGCAAGCUGACUUUCAGGGCUGCUUACAUGCCACUUCUGAUCUUCUCAUUGAACAACCCUUGGGAACCUGUAUGCCAGCAUCCGGUGAAGAAGGCCUUGGGUCAGUAAAGGACGUCUUGAAGGAACUUGAGCUUUCUGAAUAUUAUUCUGUGUUUGAGAGGGAACAUGUGGAUAGAGAAGCACUGGCUUUGUGUACAGAAAAAGAACUUAAAGAGAUGGGAAUUCCUUUGGGACCUAGAAUGAAAAUCCUACACUACUUAAGGAACAAACGCAGCAACCAGGAUUCCAAAAGAGAAAGACCUGCAAUGGCUUGGGAAGAUGGAGAUGCCAAGCAGGAGGCACCCGCAAAUCCCACAAAUGUGAAGUCAAAUUGCCAGUGUCUGGAUGUUGUGACAGGACAGGUUUCUGCCAAUUACCCUCAACUGAUCUAUAAGCCGCAGAUCUUCUUUGCCUUUGGGUCUCCUAUUGGGAUGUUUCUCACUGUACGAGGAAUAAAAAGGAUUGAUCCAGCAUACAGCUUGCCUACCUGCAAAGGUUUCUUCCAUAUCUUUCAUCCCUUUGACCCAGUGGCAUACAGGAUUGAGCCCUUGAUUGUCCCUGACAUGGAAUUCGAACCUAUGUUGCUUCCUCAUCAUAAAGGGAGGAAGAGGAUGCACUUAGAGCUGAAGGAGGGCCUCACACGGAUGAGCACCGACAUAAAAAACAACUUGCUGGGCUCCUUGAGGGUAGCCUGGCAGUCAUUCACUAGGGUCUCGUUGCCAGCUGUGGAGGCAGGGGCCACCGGAGAUGCCGAACAAGAAUCAGAAACUGAAACCAGUUCAGAGAAGCAAACCGAUGAGAAACCCGAAGAGCCAGCUACACCAGCGAAAGAAGAACCCACAUCAAUUAAUGUGGGCAUGCUUAAUGGGGGCCACCGCAUUGACUAUGUGCUUCAAGAGAAACCAAUUGAAAGCUUUAAUGAAUAUUUGUUUGCACUGCAAGGCCAUCUCUGCUAUUGGGUGUCUGAGGACACAGCGCUAUUGCUGCUGAGAGAGAUUUACCAGACACAGGGCAUCAGCCUGGACCAGCCUCUCCUGUAAAGCCAGACUGACCUGCUGCAUCAGUCUUCUUACCAAAUAUGUACUCCCAAGUGGAAGCUUGUCAAGAUUUCCUGUCCGCCACCGUCUUUCAUCUGUUGCUGAUGCACCCAGCAUGCUUUAUCCCCACUGCCUGGAGCUCUGGAGGAUUCCCUGUCCCAGUAACAGUGGAAGUGUGGCAAGCAUUUUUGGUCUCACUUGCCUGACAUACACGGUCCUUGUUGUUCACUGACUCUCUGGGCUGUGCCCUCUGGCCUAGAGGCAGGUGUGUGUUAAGUUGCAAUACCAGCUAUGUCGAGUCUAGAACUGCACUAGAUGUGGCUAGAAAUCGGUGCUAGAACCUCACCUCACCACUUUGGUUGGAAACCCCUGGGAUUGACAGAGCAGCAUUGGUUAGUGUGAUGUCAGAUUUGAGGGAAUAACUUCUCUUUGUGUGUCUGUGUGGGGGCAUAUUUAUAAACCUUUGUUCUGUAGCAGCACUUGGAUAUACAAGCAUUAUGAUUUUGA